GGUUUAUUUGUUGACACCUGAGGCCUCCUGCGCAUGCGCGUUCUGCAUUCUGAGGAAACACCUGCGUGUCCAAACCGAAAGUAAAGACUCGAAUCUUAAGAAUGUAAAAACUGUCGUAAAUAUCACAUUACGGUCUGAAGUCAGUUUCUCAUUAUGGAGAGCAGAGUGAGAUCUUCAUCUGCAGAACCCAGCUGUGUGUCUAUGAAGAGUGACAGAUCCAUGGAUCCUCCUCUUAAAUUCAGUGAUGAAACAGUGACCUCUGACCCCAGUUUCAGUAGAGAGGAUAGAGAUGAUCAGACUGGAGACCUGCAGCAGGAUUCUCCUCAACCAAUGAAUGAUGAACUACAGAGAGUCAAAUACCGACACAAAACCAGCAUGAAGAACAGGUAUGAGAGAUUAUUUGAGGGACUGAAACUCCAAGAGAAUGAAACCCUCCUGAACAGGAUCUACACACAGCUCUACAUCAUAGAAGGAGAGAGUGAAGGAGUGAAUAAACAACAUGAGGUUUUACAGAUGGAGAAAACAGCCAGAACACAACACUCACAAGACACUCCAAUCUACUGCAAUGACAUCUUUAAAGCCUCACCUGAACCAGGAUGUGAGGAGAAACACCAGAUCAAGAAGGUUCUUACUAAAGGAAUCGCUGGAAUCGGAAAAACCGUCUCUGUGCAGAAGUUUAUUUUGGACUGGGCCGAGGGAAAAGCCAAUCAGGAUGUAGAUUUCAUGUUUGUGCUUCCAUUUCGAGAGCUGAACUUGAUCCGAGAUCAUCAGUACAGUCUUCACAGACUUCUGCUGGACUUUCAUCCUGAACUUCAAGAUCUGGACUCAAAGAUUUAUGAGCAGUGUAAAGUUGUGUUCAUCUUUGAUGGUCUGGAUGAAAGCAGAAUGACACUGAAGUUAUCGGACGAUCAGGAAGUUUCUAAUGUGACUGAGACUUCAUCAGUGGGUGUGUUGAUGUCAAAGCUCAUGAAAGGAGAGCUGCUUCCCUCUGCUCUCAUCUGGAUCACCUCCAGACCAGCAGCAGCCAAUCAGAUCCCCUUCAAAUACAUCAACCGCCUGACAGAGAUUCAGGGAUUCAAUGAGCCUCAGAAGGAGGAAUAUUUCAGGAAGAGAAUCAGUGACGAGCAUCAAGCCAGCAGAAUCAUCUCACACAUCAGAAGAGCAAGAAGCCUCCACAUCAUGUGCCACAUACCCGUCUUCUGCUGGAUCUCAUCCACUGUGCUUCAGAAGCUCCUGAAAGAAGAUCUGAGUGCAGAAAUCCCUCAAACUCUGACUGAAAUGUACAUCCACUUCCUGCUGAUUCAGAUCAACACGAUGAAUCAGAAGUAUGAAGGGAGAGAUCCAGAGAAACUCCUGCAGUCCAACAGAGAAGUGAUUGUGAAACUUGCUGAAGUGGCUUUCAAUCAGCUGAUGAAGGGCAAUGUGAUGUUCUAUGAGGAGGACCUGAGAGAGAGCGGCAUAGACGUCACUGACGCCUCAGUGUAUUCUGGGAUUUGCACUGAGAUCUUUAAGGAGGAAUCUGUGAUUCAUCAGAGGAAAGUCUACAGCUUCGUUCAUCUGAGCGUUCAGGAGUUUCUCGCUGCUUUCUAUGAGUUUUACUGCCAUCUAAUGAAGAACAAGGGACCACUUCAGCUUCUGGAUACAAAAUAUAAACAAUACCGUGAAUAUGAGUCUGAAUAUGAAUCUGAAAGUGACCCUGAUUUAGAUGAAUAUGACUCUCAAAGUGACUCUGACUUGGAUGAAUAUAAUUUUAACCGUGGAAAUGGAUGGAAUGAACUUUCUAAUGAAGAGUCUCUGUAUGAUCCACAAACAUCAGCAGUAGAUAAAAUCCUUCUGUAUGAUCUGCUAACAGCAGCAGUAGAUAAAGACCCUCUGUAUGAUCUACUAACAGCAGCAGUAAAUAAAGCCCUUGAGAGUCAGAAUGGACACCUGGAUCUGUUCCUGCGGUUCCUGCUGGGCGUCUCACUGGAGUCCAAUCAGAGACUCUUACAGGAUCUACUGACACACAGAGAGGAAACCUCAGAGAUCAUCAAGAGAACCACAGAGUACAUUCAACAGAAGAUCAAAGAUGGACAUGAACUCUCAGCUGAUCAAUCCAUCAAUCUGUUCCUCUGUCUGCUGGAAGUGAAAGAUCAGACUCUGUCCAGAGAGAUUCAGGAGUUUGUGAAAUCAGACAAACACUCAGUGAAGGAACUCUCUCCUGCUCACUGCUCAACAAUCGCCUACAUGCUUCAGAUAUCAGAGGAGGUGCUGGAUGAGUUUGAUCUGAAGAAAUACAACACAUCAGAUGAGGGGAGAAGAAGACUGAUACCAGCUGUGAUCAACUGCAGAAAAGCUCUUCUUUCUCACUGUAAUCUCACUGUUCAUUGCUGUGAGAGUUUGUCAUCAGCUCUUCAAUCCUCAAACUGUGUCCUGAAAGAGCUGGACCUGAGUUACAAUGACCUGCAGGAUUCAGGAGUGAAGCUUCUUUUUGAUGCACUGAAGAGUCCAAACUGUCAGCUGGAGAUACUGAGACUUGUUGGCUGUAAUCUCUCUGUUCAGUGUUGUGAGAGUUUGCCAUCAGUUCUUUACUUCUCAAACUGUGUCCUGAGAGAGCUGGACCUGAGUAACAAUGAAUUGCAGGAUACAGCAGUGAAGCUUGUUUCUGAUAGACUGAAAAGUCCGAACUGUCAGCUGCAGAUAUUGAGACUUGCUGGCUGUAAUCUCUCUGUUCAGUCUUGUGAAAGUUUGUCAUCAGCUCUUCAAUCCUCAAACUGUGUCCUGAGAGAGCUGGAUCUGAGUAACAAUGAUCUGCAGGAUUCAAGAGUGAAGCUUCUUUCUGAUGCACUGAAGAGUCCAAACUGUCAGCUGCAGAUACUGAGACUUACUGGCUGUAAUCUCUCUGGUCGUGGUUGUGAGAGUGUACCAUCAGCUCUUCAAUCCUCAAACUGUGUCCUGAGAGAGCUGGACCUGAGUAACAAUGACUUGCAGUAUUCAGCAGUGAAGCUUCUUUCUGAUGCAAUGAAGAGUCCAAAAUGUCAGUUGCAGAUACUGAGACUUGCUGGCUGUAAUCUCUCUGUUCAGUGUUGUGAGAGUUUGUCAUCAGCUCUACAAUCCUCAAACUGUGUCAUGAGAGCGCUGGACCUGAGUUACAAUGACCUACAGGAUUCAGGUGUGAAGCUUCUUUCUGAUGCACUGAAGAGUCCAAACUGUCAGCUGAAAAUAUUGAGACUUGUUGGCUGUAAUCUCUCUGUUCAGUGUUGUAAGAGUUUGUCAUCAGUUCUUCAAUCCUCAAACUGUGUCCUGAGAGAGCUGGAGCUGAGUAACAAUGACCUGCAGGAUUCAGGAGUGAAUCUUCUUUUUGAUGGACUGAAGAGUCCAAACUGUCAGCUGCAGAUACUAAGGUUGUCUGGUUGUAUGGUGACAGAGGAAGGCUGUGGUUUUGUGUCUUCAGCUCUGAGUUCAAACCCCUCACACCUGAGAGAGCUGGAUCUGAGCUACAAUCACCCAGGAGAACCAGGAGUCAAGCUGAUGGACAAACUGAAGGAUCUAAACUGUUCACUGCAGAUACUCAAUGUGGAUCAUGGAGGAGAGAUCAGGAUCACAGCAGGACCACAAAAGUGGGCCUGUGAUCUCACACUGGAUCCAAACACAGUAAACACUCGUCUCAUUCUGUUUGAGGAGAACAGGAAGGUGACGUUUGUGAAAGAGAAGCAGCCGUAUCCUGAUCAUCCAGAGAGAUUUGAAAAGUAUCUUCAAGUUCUGUGUAGAGAGAGUCUGACUGGACGCUAUUACUGGGAGGCUGAAUGGAGCGGAAGAGGUGCUGAAAUAUCAGUGACAUAUAAAGAAAUCAGCAGGAAAGGAGGGAGUGACUGUGUGUUUGGAUUAAAUGACAAAUCCUGGAAUCUGAACUGCUCUGGUAACAGAUUCACUGUCUGGCACAAUAAGAGCAGGACUGUUCCACCUGUUGUCCGUACAUCCUCUAAUAGAGCAGGAGUGUAUGUGGACGUGUCGGGCGGCACUCUGUCCUUCUACAGCGUCUCUGACACACACACACUCACACAUUUACACACAUUCAACACCACAUUCACUGAACCCCUCUAUGCUGGAUUUACAGUUUAUGAUGAUUCAUCAGUGUCUCUAUGUCAGAUUAAAUAACACACACACACACACACUUGUAAAUCCUCUUUUGUGUGUAGUUGUUUAUCUUCAUCUAAUUGUUUUGAUAGUAAUUCAUUUUUUAGAUUCAGAGCUAACCGUUCAACUGCUAGCGGGGCUUAAUAAUUACCCGUCUGAUGCUGCAAAUCCCUUCUGGUCAGUCGUUCAAGCUUGGUUUUGCAAAUACUGUCUCAUGCCCUUUACUUUUUAGGGUGUUCAUUUCAUAAAUUAAAUUACAAUAUUAGAUAUAAUGUGGGGAAUAAUAUUCAUUUGCGAGUGGGUCGGGUAUCAAGAUUAUGUUUGGUCCCCACUGAUAAUCAGCUGCUUUCAAACAGCCUCAAGCUUAUUUGUGUUCACGCUCUGUAGUCUGAAGACUGUCAAAGGUUUCUAAUUACUACGUGAUUUGCAGCGUUGAUCACAGCAGGGUUUGAGCGCUGAAUCUGAAGUGAUUGACAGAUUCAGUCAUUAUAAAGGGAGCACUCUUUACCUGCUUUCUGUAUAGGCAUUUUACAUAAAAUUUUAUUUUUCAUGCUGCCAGGAGGACCAACGGCCACAUAUACACUGCAGAGUUUUAAGAGAGAAAACCAAAUGCAGAAUGAAUCUACUAAAAUAUAUAUUAUAUGACAUUAAGGCUCAUAUUGGGCUAUAUGUUCUUUUGAUUUAUGGAGAUCUCUAAGUGUCUGUGGCUGUGGUGUGAUUUACACACAUUUUGUCAAAAUAGCCUGUAUGAGCAGAUCGUUCACAUGAUGUAGGAGAAUGUUUUGUAUUGUUACAUGAUGGAUGUUCUCAUCUUUUUUUCAGUUAAUUAUUAUCAUGUUGGACUAACUCAGAAUCUCUAAUGUUGGUUUGAUUGCUUGUAUUACAUGAGAAAAUAAAGUUUAUGUCUGAUGUA